GAGUGAUUGCGCUCUGCCCCCGCCGAAUAUAUAAACAUGGCCCGUCCCCUCCACGCGCCCGACGAAGGUGGUACUACUCGUCGUUUGCUCUUUAGUCUCUUAAACGUCUUCCAAAGCUUUCAAUCGUCUUUAAACGUCUUUGUCGCGUCCCAUUUCUCAUAUCAACUCCACGUCUUUAUUCAAAGCAUCUCAACCCAAACAAUCCAGCACAAUGCCUCCCAAAGCCGCUGCCGCCGCUCCCAAGAAGUCUGGCCACGCCAGUUAUCAGGACAUGAUCACUGAUGCUAUUGUCAACCUCAAGGACCGAAAGGGCUCUAGCCGUCAAUCCUUGAAGAAGUAUGUCAAGGCCAACAACACUCUCAAUGUCACCGACAACAUGUUCGACUCUCUCUUCAACAAGGCGUUGAAGGCUGGUGUCGACAAGGGUGUCUUCGAGCAGCCCAAGGGUCCUUCCGGUGGUACCAAGCUCGCCAAGAAGCAGCCUGAGGCUAAGAAGCCCGCUGCUCCUAAGAAGCCUGCUGCCGAGAAGAAGGAGGCCGCUGAGAAGCCUGCUGCCAAGAAGCCCGCUGCUAAGAAGGCCGCCGCCCCCAAGAAGGCUGCUACUGAGAAGAAGGUCGCUGCCCCCAAGAAGGCCGCCGCUGAGAAGAAGACCACCGAGAAGAAGGCUGAAAAGGCUGAAAAGGCUGAGAAGGCUGAGAAGCCCGCUCCUGCCAAGAAGGCCGCCGCUCCCAAGAAGGCUGCUGCUACCAAGAAGGCCGACAAGGCUGAGAAGCCCGAAACCGCUCUUACAAAGACAAAGACAGGUCGCGUCACCAAGACCACCAAGGCAGCGCCUGCAAAGAAGGCUGCUGCACCUAAGAAGGCAGCACCCAAGAAGGCCGCUGCCAAGGCGUAAAUGACGCUGAGCAGUAUUGAACUUUAAUUAAUGACGGCCACGGCGUUAAAGGAUCUGUUCACGGCAAGGGUACGGAAAGUACGGCUACUGGUAUUUUGAUGGUUUGGUUCGGAGCGCGGGAUUAUCGGUUGUUUGUUUACACGUGCACGCGGAGACUCGCGUCUGUAUGAUUCUACCCUCAGCCAUCUCAUUAUGUUGGAGGUGGUACACUAGAAGUGAGGGUCAUUUCUAUGCGAUUAUGUCCCCUGUAUUAUCUUUUAUGACAUGACAGAGUCUUCUUCCGACGUGUCAUGGUUUGAAACAAUGCUGGAGGGGGACGGUCGGCGUGUUUUUGGAGAGGGCAAAAGUCUCGGUUGUGGGCGAGGAAGGGUUGCGAUUAUACCACUGUCGCUGUUUUGAGUUAUUCGAUUUGAACUACGCGAUGAACAUUUUUGAAAA